AUGGGUCUAAUUCAGUCAUCUAAAAGUCCACAGGUUAUCCUGAUGGGUUUGGAUUCAGCAGGAAAGACAACUUUACUCUCUCAACUCUUGACUGGAAAGUUGAUGGACACAUCACCGACCAUUGGAUUUAACGUAGGAACUAUUGAUUUGGACAAGCGGACGUCAUUAACAGUUUGGGAUGUCGGAGGACAAAAAAGCAUGAGGCCUAACUGGAGGUUCUACCUGGACGACUGCAAGGCAUUGGUCUUUGUGGUUGACAGCAGCGAUCCAAGUCGGAUGCCUGAAGCCCAAAGGGUAUUGAAGAAAAUUUUGAGUGAAGAAAAGUUACGAGGCAUCCCAUUGAUGGUUCUUGCCAACAAGGUGGACCUACCUGGUGCCUUGACCGUACAAGAGAUCUCCAACCAGCUGGGAAUGUCUCACUACCAACAACUGAUAUGGCAGAUUCAAGCAUGCAGUGCACUGAAAGGAGUCGGUCUGUGGCAGGCCUUCACGUCCAUCGCCAAACUCAUCAAAAAGAACUAA